AUGGUUAUGACGUUUACUCAGGAACAAAUUGAUAGGUUCGGUACUGUACUGAACGAUACAAGCAAACCCCUUAAAGCUCGAUUCCGAGCUCUCUUUAUACUACGGAAUAUCGGCUGCGAUUUGUCAGUGAAAUGGAUUGCGAAGUGUUUCCACGAUGAGUCUGCUUUGCUCAAGCACGAAUUGGCCUAUUGCCUUGGUCAAACGCAAAACAAAACUGCCAUCCCAAUACUUACCGAGGUUCUCAGAGAUCCCAAACAAGAACCAAUAGUCCGUCACGAAGCCGGUGAAGCUCUCGGUGCAAUUGGUGAUUUAUCGGCUCGAAAUGUUCUUGAAGAAUACGCUAAGGAUCCAUGCAAAGAAAUAGCUCAGACUUGCGAACUGGCCCUUCGGAGGAUUGAGUUAGUCAAUUCAAGUGGGGAUAAAACAGAAAGCCCGUACCAAAGCAUAGAUCCGACCUCGACAGCUUCCUCUGAUGACGUAAACGAACUUGGUGGAACGCUUGUGGAUAAUUCGAAACCUCUUUGGGAUCGUUAUUGUGCCAUGUUCAAAUUAAGAAAUAUCAACACAGACGAGUCGAUAAAAGCUCUUGCCAAAGGUCUUUACUGUGAAGACAGUGCGCUGUUUCGGCACGAAGUUGCAUACGUUCUGGGCCAAGCGCAGUCUCCAGUGGCAAUACAAGAACUCGAAGAUCGUCUGACUCUCCUUUCUGAGAACUGCAUGGUCAGACAUGAAUGUGCUGAAGCUCUUGGAGCUAUUGCUACGGAACAUUGCACUUCUUUGUUACGAAAGUACGUUGACGAUAAAGAGCGAGUGGUUCGGGAGAGUUGUGAAGUGGCCUUAGACAUGGCUGAAUAUGAGAACAGUGAAGAGUUGAACUAUGCCACAGAGAAGUUUUCCGUAUCUGAUAUUGGUCGACUCUACAAAAUUCCAAAGGAAGAAGUUGAAGCUUUGAGCUGCGUGAAACUUCUCCCUAAAUAUCUCAUAAAGCAAAAUGAUACUCUUGGUGAACUGGUGACAGUGAUCAGGGAGCCGUUGAUAGAGGUCUCUGUUUGCAUGAAUGCCAUACGACAAUCUUUUCCUGCUCUUCGUUUAGUUUUGUGGGGCCCUUUUGGCACUGGGAAAUCAGUUACUUUGAAUCAAGCUGUACAUCUUGCGUACAAAAAGAAUAUGGUCAUCGUUCAGUUGCUUAGUGCAUUGGCGCUAACUCGCGGUGUAAAAGAAGUUGAGAUGUCCACGUUCAAGCAUGGACGCAUCAACGAUCCCGUGAACGCUAACCAGCACGUAUGGAAAACCCUUAGCGGAUUGAGGACGGAGCGCGACUACGAGUGGACGAAAAUCGAGCGAACAGCAAUUGAUCGGCCAAUAACAGAUAUAGUUGAAAUAGGCUUAUCGGCUCCUUUCCUAGCCACUGAUUGUGUCGGUGCUUUAUUCCGGGAGUUAAGGAGGCAUUCGAGUGCUGGAAAAAUAACGAUGUUUGUAGCUAUAGACGAUGCAAAUUCUCUAUGGGGCAAAACUACGGUCAAGAAGGCUGAUAGGAGCUAUGCUUCUCCUUCUGAGCUCUCACUAGUGAAUCAUUACAGAAACCUGAUCUCACCGAAAUGGCAAAAUGGAUGUAUCCUAUUAGUUGCUGACAAAAAAGAAUUGUCGGAUCCUCGAGAUAGUGUAACUGUUCCUAGACACACUCCUCUUGAAUUGUUUGGAGAAGAAGGAUUCCAAUUUAUCGAGCCUUUCUUGCCAAUCGAAACUAAGCCAUACACGAAAGAGGAAGUAGGCAAUAUGUACCAAUAUUAUUACGACAAGAGAUGGCUUACAACUGAAAAGGCUCGUACAGAAGAUGGAAAGCAGCAAUUAAUGUAUCUCAGUGCCUUUAAUCCAUAUUAUUUUGAAAGACUAUGUGCCUUCAAUUGA